AUUCUACAGCAGUCACCACCCCCUCCCAGGGCCAUGGGUAGAGACCCUGCGGGAGUGCACGGCGAAAUGCUCAACGGGGAAUGGCACGACAGAAAUGCAUGUUGCACAAGGACUGGCCACUCAAAAGUUGGUGGCCCUAGAGGAAGCAAGAAUGAGGGUACAUCUGCAGAAGCUCCGGAGGAGACUGGGCCCGAGUUCGGUAUUCCACCUAGCCCAACCCGAAGGAUCCAUAGGGAUGCCAAGCAUUCCCGUCGCGGUUUUGAGACGAUCACUAGUAGGGCCGAGUGUCUCCACACAGUUAUUUUGCUAAGGAUUCGUACUGCGAACUUUCAGCAAGAGCGGACUGGCAAUUCUGACUAA